UAGAGAGCUUCCUGCCAAGCGCAGAAGGGCGGCCGGAAGGGGCCGCUCAUUGUUGGUGCUGGAGGACCCGGGGGAGGCCGCGGAGCGGUUCCCUGAGCGGCUGCUUUCCGCACCGGCGGGGAGGGCGCGGGGCCGGAGAAGAUGCCCGAUCGCGACAGCUACAACAACGGCAACAGCAGCGAUGAGGCGGGCGCCAACUCGGACGACAUCUGCCGCGACUUCCUGCGCAACGUGUGCAAGCGGGGCAAGCGCUGCCGCUUCCGGCACCCCGACAUCAACGAGGUGACCAACCUGGGCGUCCGCAAGAACGAGUUCAUCUUCUGCCACGACUUCCAGAACAAGGAGUGCGUGCGCCUCAACUGCCGCUUCAUCCACGGCACCAAGGAGGACGAAGACUGCUACAAAAAGACGGGGGAGCUGCCCCCGCGCCUGCGGCAGAAGGUGGCUGCCGGGCUGGGCCUCUCGCCCGCCGACCUGCCCAACAGCAAGGAGGAGGUGCCCAUCUGCAGGGACUUCUUGAAGGGCGACUGCCAGCGGGGAGCCAAGUGCAAGUUCCAGCACCUGCAGCGGGAUUACGAGUACGACGCGCGCGGCAUCGCCGCGCGGGACCAGGGCAUCGCUACCACUGUGCGCCGCUACGACCCCUACGACCCCAUGUACGACCCCGACCGCUACGACGACCACGACCCCGUGCUGAAGCGGCGACGGGUGGACGGGCUGCACUUCGAGACCUACGAGUACAGCUUCACCAACCCGCGGACAGUGGAGUACCGGCUGCUGGAGGAGGAGAACAUCAUGCUGCGGAAGCGUGUGGAGGAUCUCAAGAAGCAGGUAAACAACCUGAUGGCUACGAACGAGGUGCUGCUGGAGCAGAAUGCCCAGUUCCGAAACCAGGCCAAAGUCAUGACUCUCAGCUCCACCGCGACGGCCACCGAGCAGACUCUGGCACCCACUGUGGGCACCGUCACCAACUACAACCACAGCAUUGCCCAGACGCACACCACACUCAGCAGCCAGGCCCUCCAGCCCCGGCCCGUGUCCCAACAGGAUUUGGUAGCUCCCGCUGGAGCCCAAGCAGCACCCCCUGCCAAUGCCGCUCCCCCCAUGAACCCCGAAAUCACCCCACUUUCGGCUGCUCUGGCUCAAACCAUUGCACAGGGCAUGGCUCCCCCAGUCUCCAUGGCUCCCGUGGCCGUUUCAGUGGCUCCCGUGGCUGUGUCCAUGGCGCAGCCGCUGGGAGGGAUCACCAUGAGCCACGCCACCACCCCCAUGGUGACGUACCCCAUCGCCUCGCAGAGUAUGAGGAUAACGGCCAUACCGCACUGACGCUCCCCGGGGCGUCCGCACACUGCCACAGAGCAGCGCCGGUCGGAGCCGCCGUGCCGCUCCGCGCCGGGGAGACUCCUUUGGGUUGGAUUUGCUCUUUCCUUUGUGGGGGGCAAGAGGAGGAGGCAAGAUGGGACUGAAUCCAAAUGUGAAACUGAAAAACCCUUGGGAAUUUCAUCUCUGUGCUUUGGGGGAGGAGGAAGGGGAGAAGGUUUCUUCCAGCCUGCAGGUGAAUGAUUUGAGUUACCAUUAACCCUCAGCAGCCCCACGUGAGCCUUCAUGUGGCAGCAUAUUCAGGGAGGAAGGGGUUAAUGGCGCGCGAGUUGAAGGGUACAGUAACCUCAUCGCCUUGUGUGUCCGUCACUGCUCUGUCGCUGUCCUGCCACCCUCCCCAGGACCCCAGGGCCCCGCUCUGCCGCCUGCUAUGCAAGGAUCGCGCUGCGGCAGCGCGCGCGAGGAGGCGGCCGGCAGCACGGCCGGAGCCCCGCCAGGACCCGAGCGGGGACGGGGCUGAGCUGGCUGCCGCCGGUGGAGCACAACGGCUGCUUCCCCCCGGCCCGCGGCACCCGGUCCUGCCGGGGGGGCCGCAGGGGCCUUCGUGUGGCUCCGUGCAAGGUGACCGUGGUGCCUCUGCCCUCCGAGAAGGGCCGGUUGCGGCGCUGCCCGCGCAGAGCUCGGGAGCCGGCGGCUGCUGGGUCGGCUCGGGCGCGGAGGGCGUGAGCCCCCCGCGUGGCUGCAGGUCCCAGGCAGGUUUCUGGGGACGGGGCGGGUCGGCAGUACUGGAGGCAAACCCCUCCCAGCCGAGCCCGGCCCGGCGCCCUCGUGGUCCCGGCCCAAAGGCUUGGCUCUGGCUCCGCUCGCUCCCGCGAGGCCUUCCCUGCGGAUCCCCCUUUCUGGACGCACGUCCCUCGCGCUGUCUUCUCAUUUCUGUUUUGAAUUUUGUUUCCCAGAACUGCAGCUCCCCUUGGGCCUAGAGUAGCUUUUGCAUCGUUAUGUCUGGGUUGAUUUCUCGCUGGACUGUACCGUGCGGGAGGCGGCGACGGCGGGGAGCACUCUCCAGGAACGGCCAACUUUCUAAUCUAGCGUUUUAGCUCUCCAAGUACAGUGUAAAGUUUUUGACUAUUAAAAAACAACUAUGUA